UAGAAGCCAACUAUGUGCUCUCCCACUGUGGGCUCCCACAGAGAUACAUGGAUUUGGGCUCUGGUUGAUUAUGAAAAGGGUCACCGGGUAUGAGAUGAAGGGAAAUGAUGCAUGGAUCACUUAAGAAUCCUAUUAUUGGAACAUCGGUUUAGAUUCCUGUAACACACUUCCACAAACCAACUACAGCAAGGAACCUCCAGAAAAAGCUGAAGACAACACUCACAUAGACUGCAGGUGGCAAGAAAUCAAGAGACAUGGAUGUGGAGAAUAUGUGUUCAACUUCUGCUCUGCAGGCUCUCUCGAAGCUGCUCAGCUUUCCUGGAGAAGAGGAUGACAACUUAGAGCAAGUGUCAUAUCCAUCAUCUGUUGUUGGAGCCCUAAGCCCUGGGAAUAUUGGACCAGAAAAGAAAGAAAAAUCCAAAGUCAACCCUCCAAAUAAGCCUGAAAAUAGAAAUGACAUCUGGGAUCUGGAGGAGGUGCCAGAAGGAGCAGAGUUUGAUGACAUGUGGGACCCCCGGGAACAGCCAGAAUAUGACAUUAUAUUCAAACAACAGGUGGGAGCUGAGGAUAUGUUCCUAGGCAUGACCAGAAAGGACCCUUCUACAGCCUGCUGUGAGGAUCUCAUGGUUAAAAUUAAAUUGCCAGGUAUCAAGGCUUCUGACAUCACUCUGGAUAUCCAUGAAAAAGUUCUCGAUCUUCGUACCCCCAGUCAUAAGCUGCUCCUGCAUCUUCCCCAUCCUGUGGACAGUAAGAUUGGCAAAGCAAGUUUUAUCACAGAAAAAGAGAUGCUUGAAGUCAUCUUGACCAUGAAAAGAGAAUUUGAUUUCAUUAAUUUUUUCUGAAAGCAUAAUGGGGCUAAGAUAAGACAUUGUCCAGAAAGAGUAGAAGCAAUAUCAGAAGCCAAGGACAACUCCCUGGAUAUUGAAUGGUUCUAUUGAUGACAAGAUCAUCCAUUUACAGAGUGAUCCCUAAGGAAUUGAUUAGACAUCUACAUGAUCAAUUCAGUAUUUAAAGCAAUGAAAAUAUUUAGACUAAGGAAUUGUUAGUCCUUUUGUGUCAGCUGUCUUAAGGACUCAAACAAAUAAAAGAUGCAAUGACUUAUGUCAUUGCUCAACAACUGGCCAUUAGGAUGCCCCCCCCCAAAAGUUAAAAGGCCUUAUUUUAUUUCUCUAUUAUUUGAUUAAUUUAUAUAGACUUGGCUUAUAAUAAAGUAGUUGAAAUGUUCCCAUAGUUGGUAUGAAGGUUGUCCCAAAAGUUUUAGUGCAGAUUUAGCUUUAAAAAUUUAAAAUGUACUAGAACUUUGGGGAUACUUUAUUUAUAGGCAUUAAUAUUUUCAUCAUAUAUAUUUGAAUAGAAAAGGAAAUGAAUGGAAACUAUAAUCUUUGAGCAAUUUGGACCUGUUUGAAAUAUUUGUUAUUAGUCACAUUUUAAAACAUUUUGAAAACUCUUUUUUCCUAUGCAGCCUUAUAAUUAUUACCAGUGCCUUUGGGGGGCAUUCUGAAUUAUAUCUUGAUAUUAUGAAAGGCAUUUUAAAGAAACAAAUGGUAUUCUUACCAAUUAGCUAUAUCUCCCUCAUUUCCAAUCUUUCUUCAUAAUUGGUGAUAUUAACUGUCCCUAUUCUUGUUAACUGUUCAAGUAUAGUCUACCCAUAAAUAAAAAUGUAUCCUCAUCAGUCAUCUCCUUCAUUUAUAAGUUAAUAAUAAAAGAAAACUUAUCUUCCAAAAAAAGAA